ACUGGAUGUGGGAUACAGAGUGGGAUCUGCAGCAGAACAAGAUCACAUAGCCGAUAUACCCAGUGAGAGAGUGUCGACUGCCCAUGACUCUAAAAUAAGAUAUGAGGGAUGGAUUUUUUUAUUGGACUGGACCCUCCAGGUCAUGUGAGUCCUAGAGACAUUCAGUGUGGGAUAGCGGGCGAUCAAGUCGUUGUACUAUUUUAAGGGUCAAAAUUAUGACUUCAGUGGUUCAGCUGAGUGAUUUUGUCAUUUCUUGUCUGUUUCUGAUCAACUGGAUAUCAAUCGAGCAGUAACUUUUGGCUUAACUGUAGGAGUGACUGUAAUGCUCUGCUCACUGAGUGGAGAAAGAGACGCAUUAAAACCAGGAGGCACAGGCAUGAUGGUACGCUGUGGUUAUUUACUCCCGAGGAUAGAGUGGUUCUACCCUUAACAGAAGAGAACAGUUGAAAAAAAGGAAGCCUGAGGAGAAUCAUGCAGCAGUUUGGCUGAAAGACUGGGGACUAUAAAAGAAAGGGGAAGUUGGAAAUCAACAAUUAUUCAAAAACCUUGCACACAAGGAAACUACUUUUGUGCCUCACCUCUCAUUUCCAGUUGACACCCUGUUUAGGGGCGGAGCUGUCACACUUCCUGUGAGGCUGGUCAGUUUUGUAUGAGCUGGGCUGAUAGUGUGAAGCCCAGCUGGCUGUGCCCCUCUGAGGCAUGAGUGUGGGAAGGGCCCACCACCACAACUUUGUGUCCUGUGAAGAACAAGGCCUGAGACUAAGUACCAUGCCUGCUGUGGGCAGCUUUGGCAAUGGCAAAAUUCACACAAGACGCAAAUACCACAGCCGGUUCGUCAGCAAGGCUGGCCAAUGCAACAUCCAUUUCUCAAACAUGGAUGAGAAGUCACAGCGGUACAUAUCGGACAUUUUCACAACAUGUGUGGACAUCCGCUGGCGAUACAUGUUCCUGCUAUUCGGUCUGGUGUUUGUGGUGUCCUGGCUAACAUUCGGCCUGGCGUUCUGGGUCAUCGGCCUCCUACACGGUGACAUGGACCAUCCCGUAGGGGACGACAGUAUUGUUCCCUGUGUCACACAGGUCAACACCUUUGUGGCAGCUUUCCUGUUCUCUGUUGAGACCCAGACAACCAUUGGGUAUGGUGCUCGUUGUGUGACAGAGGAAUGCCCGGGAGCUGUCUUCAUGGUAGUCUUUCAGUCCAUCAUGGGCUGCAUCAUCGACGCCUUCAUGAUUGGUGCCAUCAUGGCCAAGAUGGCAAGGCCCAAAAAGCGUGCAGAGACUCUACUGUUCAGCCACAAUGCAGUCAUUGCUUUGCGUGAUGGGAAGCUGUGCCUCAUGUUUAGGGUUGCUAAUCUAAGGAAAAGCCACAUCGUGGAAGCUCAUGUGCGAGCCCAGCUCGUCAAGCCCCGUUACACAGAGGAAGGCGAAUACAUCCCCCUGGAUCAGCUUGACAUGAACGUAGGCUAUGACAAAGGCACAGACCGCCUGUUUCUGGUUGCACCCCUCACUGUCAUACAUGAGAUAGAUGAAGAAAGUCCACUGUUUGGCAUCAGUAAACAAGAUCUCGCAACAUCUGACUUUGAGAUAGUAAUUAUACUUGAAGGUUUGGUGGAGGCCACAGCCAUGACAACGCAGGCACGCAGCUCGUACCUGCCCUCAGAGAUCCUGUGGGGUCACCGCUUUGAGCCCGUCAUCUUCGAGGAGAAGAGCCAGUACAGGAUAGAUUACGCCUUCUUUCACAAAACAUUUGAAGUACCCUCCACCCCCAGAUGUAGUGCCAAAGACAUGGAAGAGAGUAAAUUCCCAACAUCUGGCGCCAACUCUUUUUGCUAUGAAAACGAGCUGGCCUUCAUCAGCAGGGAUGAGGAGGAGGAGGAGGAGGAGGAGGAGGAGGAGGAGGAGGAGGAGGAGGGAGAGGGAGAUGUGGAGAAAGAGGAAAACAGGUGUUCAUUGGAGCUAGGAGGUGAUCAAAGGUCCUCCCGCAGAGAAUCAGAGAUUUGACCUUUUGCCGUUGCUGGUUUUAUUUACUUUUAGUUGCAGAACAAUACAAGCGUGUGAAGAGCCCUAUGACUGUCAUGCUACUGACAUGAGGAUACCUGUAAAAGUGGAGAAACAGCAGUACUGAUCUCCAACAGACAAGCAAGGAUGAAACUUGUCACAUUUCUUAUUGGAAUAACGUUUGCUUCCCUGGGAUGGUUAUGGAGUGUUAUCAAAUGCAAAUGCGCUUUCAUGUUUGAACUUGCAGAUGAUCCUGGUAGUAAAGUGCAUGACAUAAGCAUAGUUUUGUAUCAAUAUUUUGAGAAGUCUUUCAUCGUUUUGGUGAGACCAUCUCUAGGUGCUGUUCACAGCACUCAAAUAUACAAUGUUCAACUGAGGGACAUUGACACUUUGCAGAUUAUGUUUAGAAAACUAAAUUUUGGGAAGAUUAAUCCAGAUUAAUUGGUUAAAGACAGAGGUGGAGCUCAACAUUUGAUUUUCUUCUUAAUGAUAUUAUAAUUGAUAUUUAUAUGAACAAUAACACUGACUAUUCUACAUCAUACAAUGUCAAUGCCAACUUGGUUAAUUGGCAUGUAUACAACUAAUAUACAUGUAUGAACUGCAUGUAAUGAUAACAAAUGACAAGUUAAAAUUUUACAUAUUUCCAUCACAGAAAAGGAAACACACUUGAUGGUGAUCAUACAUCAUGAAUUAAAAGAAAAAACUAUUCAUCUCAGUCUUUGCAUUUCAACCAGAAGAAAACAUUUGACCUGAAUAGAUGGUGUAGAUUUCUUUCUCAACAGUUUGGCAGAAACAUUGACAUUGGAUGAGUGUUUGCUAAACCCUGCACCCCUUUGUCACGGUUGUUACGCCACUCAAGUCCUUGAUUUCAUUAGACAAAAGCAGACCAUCAAUUCUAUUUCACGGUCAUUCGCUAAAGUUUACUAGCUUAUUAAGCUAACAUUAGCAUAAUAAAUUGAUAGCAAAAGCCAUCUCCAGCUAACUCUUUUUUUUUUCUAACAAAUUUUUUUUAGCUGACUUUUUUUAUGUCUUAAUGCACUUGUGACUACAUUAUGAUAUCAUGAGGAGGUGAAAGCUAACAGGUAAGCAUCCUAACCAGUUAAUGAUCCAUGGAGAAUAUUUGGAAAUAUAGAAACAGCCUUGUUUUUGUAUUGCCGACGGUCAGUCCUAGUAUUAUAAUUAUGACAAAGAGGUAAGAAAUGUACGACCAGACUGUUAUUUCACUCUAACAUGACCCUAUUUAGCUUCCAUACUACAGGCAAUACAGAGAUUAGAUUUGUUUAAUUUUUCUUAUUUCCAAAUACUAUACUACUGUUUUUCUCCAGUUUAACAAAAGAAGAAGAAAAAAUAUGUAUUAUCAGGACUAACGCUAAUACUAUCUCAGGUAGACUCAUGUUGGCUGGGAUGGCUCGAGAGUAAACUAAUCCAAAUCCAAUAUACAGCAAGACUCCCAGGAUCCCAUGUUGCUCAGCUCAAUAUCCUUUUGAGAUGACACAUUAAGGAGACAUUUCACAGGCUCUUAUGUUCUCAGCAAUGUUUUUCGCAAGGUCAAAUCAUCAACAUAUAAUUCCCAUUACAUUCAAUAUGUUAAAAUCUCACACCUACAGCUUAUUGCCUACUAAUGUUAUACGCCCUGAAACAUACCCAAACACCCUCACAUUAGCAGUGGCUGAAAUUUGGGGGCUGAAUUGAUUUUUUCAUUCAAAGUGCAUUUAACAAGUUGUUGUACUUUGAAUAGCAAAGAUAGCCCCUGCUAUCUUACAAUGUCAGUUCAUAACCCUCCAGAAGAAUCAACCUAUUGCCCGCGCGUGUGCGAGCGUCCGUGAGUGUUUGUGCACCUUUGUGUCUCUCCAAGGACGAUCUUGCAUUCUGCUGCAGCAGACUGCAUAAUAUUUAGGGUGGCCAGUUAUGGCUGCAUGCUGAAGGACGUCUCUCGUGGUUGUGGAGACGUUCUCAACACCUUUUAUUGCCUGUUUAAACUGCCAUCGACUGCCUGCUGACUCCUCACUCAAACUCUUUACUCUGCGCCCAGAGACACAGUUUGUUCACUUUGUUUUGGACAAUGUGUUUGGCUAACAGCUCACAGCUAACGGAACUACCAGCACACAUCCUGUUAGGGGGGUUCAUUUUGUUUUUAGCAAGGUCGUAUGAUGUGUCUUAUACGACAAAUUUGCAUACAUUGCAUACAUGUUGUUUUUUUACUGAAUUAAGUAUGUUUUACGAUGCCUCACAGGCCAUUGGUGUCUGGUUAGCCAGUUGUUGGUUGUGUUCAUUCAUACAAUACAUAAUUACAGCAGCGGUCAUUGCAGACACACCUGGUGAAGAUAUGCACUCUACUGAGUGCACCUUUCUAGUUACAUUUGGUUCUAGUAUUGAAUCCACUGAUGGCCUAUAAUGGUUUCUGUUGUUUUUCUGUGCUCUUUUGGCCAGGGGCAUUAAUUAGUCUUUUUUUGUAUAUUAAUAGGACAACAAGUAAUAAAGAUGUUAGGUCAGACUGUGUACGUGAAUUAGUUUUCCCUCUGCAUUUCUCAAACAUAAAAAUCCAAGUGAGUUAAUUCAUACUGACUGCCAUUUCAGCGAAUUUCAACACAUUUGUAUUUAUAUCUUGCUGAAAAUAUCAGAAUGGGCUUGCUCCAGAAAGCAAAUGGUGGUUCUACUUCUAUUUUAACCAAGAGCAGUAAGACGGAAGAACUCUAAUUUGUACAUUUGUCAGACCGCUAUUGUAAAUAAAUUAUUAUUAUUUGGGGUUUUAUGAUGUUUUCUGGCUGAAUAGACAAUAAGUAAUGAUACAUUAUUUUGAAAAACAGUGUUAAUAUCAUAAAUUUUUCGAUCAAAGCAAGAAGCUGGAAAUGCUUCUACUGAAUUGAACAACCUCUUCUUGUCUUCCACUAAAUGCAUAUAAAGCAAUCUUCACUCUGAGUCACACUUUAUUUUCUCCUCAAAUAGUUUUAACUUGUUGUGUGUGACAACAAUAUAUAUUGACAGACAACUAAAAAAACUAACUCUUGUUGAUUACCACAAUAAAAAACAUCUCACAAAGCC